UUUGGUGACUCCGCCUAUUUGGAUUCAUCUCUCAGAAGCAUCACUCAGUAGACAUUGACACCCUUGAACAUACAUCUACAAGAUUGCAUUAGACAGUCCACCAACUGCGAUAAGACUCAACAAGAAACUCAAUCCAUCUUUAGAAACCAGCCUGCUUAUCCCAUCCCCCCGCCCAGGCAUCUUUUGUUGAGAUUCGCCAUAAUCGGACAUCUCCCGUCAAGCACCGCAGCAAAUACAGUUCGCUUGGUUGGUUCAGAUAAGGAAGGAUAAAUUCCUACAGUAGUUACUAUGGGGGGUAAAGCAUUCGCUCAGGCGGGCCCUAACGGGACCCCUCUCAACGUCCCUCGCAUGCCGCUUGAAGUCUAUCGACACUUCUCAUUGGAUUUCCACGCCAGACUCGCUACCAUAUUCCGCCAGGUUAGAAUCCCCAGAGACGCCCCCGGAAAAUUGGAUUUCGGUGACAUAGACUUUUUGGUCGAGGGUCCUCUGUGCCCUUGGACGCCCGAAUCACUGCACCAAUUGCUAGGCGCUGCACGUCGUCUCGACUGCGGAAACACGCAUUCAUAUGCUGUCCCCUACCCAGAUGCUCCAGACCAGUAUGUCCAAGUCGACGUGGAAAUUGCCCCUGGUAGCGGGACCCCCGACCGCGUCGCUCUAUUCGAAUGGGAAUGCUUUAUGAAGUCCGAUGGCGACCUUUUGCAAAUCAUAGGCAUCUGCCACCGCUCCCUCGGCCUCAUCUGUAACGACAAAGGCCUUCAUGUUCGUGUCGCGGAGAUCGAGCCCUACGACAAGAAAAAGGCUCUCAUAUUCCUCACUCGUAGUCCCCAGGAGGCCAUCCAGUUCUAUGGCAUGGACCCCGUCAAGUACGCCGCUGGAUUCGAGACCGACAUAGAGCUAUUCAGUUGGAUCUGCGGGGGUCGGUUCGUAGCCUAUGCGGGACUGCGGGACAGAGAAGAGAAGGCGAAUGAUCGAGCGCGCCAGCGGAAACGACCGCUGUAUAGCAAGUUCGUGGAGGAGUAUGUGCCUUCUCUGGCGGAUAGGGCGGUUGAAAGUGAGGAUACUUUGUGGACUCGUCAACAAGUACUGAGCGAGGCUCUCGACACCUUCCAGAAACGUGACGUAUAUGACUCGAUGAUCCAAGAACACCUACUCCGCGAGAGGGAACUCGAACUCUGGCAACGGAUUCGAGAAGCUCUUCCAGUGGAGGGUAGUUCGUUGGCCCUCGUCCUCAAAGCGCUCAGGCGCUGGGUGAAGUUUCAAAAAGGACAACCGUAUAUUGGCUUCGAGCCAUUGCUUGAAGAUCAACCCAAAUGGUCUUGCCAGUUGGAGGAUGAAGUCGAAACGAUAGCAUGGGUCAAGCAGAAUUGGAUGGAAGCAAAGUCCUUGGAAAAGGCUCGCGCGGUAAGUGUUCUUUGACAAUGUAUCUCUGCCACUCGAGACAUGAUCAACAAGAAAGAAG